AUGGCCGCCCACCCGGAAGCAGACACGGCUGCAGUCGAUAACAGUUUCUUGGAGACAGAAGUGUACCAUAACCGCACUUAUCAGUCAUAUGCCAUCGACAACCUGUCCUAUCUUGCUCCAUGUGACGAGGAUGAAGUGGAACGUCUCAACAUCUUCCACAGUGUUCUGAAUCGAGUCUUCGAUGGAAGAUUGAUAUUCCCUCCCAUCCACCGACCUCGGCGUAUACUUGAUUGUGGCUAUGGAACGGGUAGGUGGGCAAGUGAGGUCGCAGAGCAGAAUCCUCGAUGUGAAGUCCUUGGAAUUGACAUAAACCCGAUGAUGCAGCCAGAAGAGAUGCCUGAUAAUGUAUACCUCCAAGUGGACGACUUGAAUCGAAGGUUCACUUUCCCGGCCCAUAACUUCGACCUGGUACAUUCUCGGAUGGUUUCUGCUGGAAUCCAUGUAAAUAGAUGGACUCAGUAUCUCCGUGAUCUGCUCAGAGUAACAAGGCCCGGAGGCUGGACACAAAUGGUUGAGCUUUAUUGCAAUGUCCAGUCUGACAACGGCAGCUUGACAGAUGACCACGCUCUAAGCCAAUGGAGUGCGAGGUACCUGGAAAGUAUGGAAGGUCUGAAAGAUGUCAGGGCGCCCCUACGACUUCCGGAUAUGAUGAGACAAGCUGGCUUUGUGGAUGUUGAACAUCGGGUUAUUCAACUCCCCACGUGUGGUUGGAGCACAGACCCGAGGGACAACGAUAUAGGAAUCGCGAAUAGGGAGAAUGUCCACAGAAUGCUGUCAUCGCUGGCGAUCUAUCCGUUUACGGAGAGACUCAGGAUGCCAGUCCAGGAUGUACACCUACUCGUCGCCCAAGCCCGCCUCGAGGCAGAUAAUCCGGCAUUCAAAGCUUAUUUCCCGCUCUAUGUCUGUAUCGGCCGAAAGUCUCGCUCCAGUCGAUAA